UGCAUACCAUCACUAAAACCCUCUUCUAAUAAUUCUCAUCACCUUCUCGGAUCCGUCUCUAAAACCCCACCCCAAAUUCCCUCAUGUUUCGUAGAUUCUCCACGGCUCUCUUUCACACCAAACACCCCCCAUUUCCCCUUCCCCCCAAACCCAUCUUCACUGCCCUCCAAACCCUUCCCAAAGGUCUCCUCUUCACUUCCACCAUUAAAAUGGCCGAUACCCACAAGUCCCAUUCUUUCCCUUCCCUCGAAAAAGCCUCAAAACCCGAGUUACUCCGUGCUCUCGAGUCUUCUCUAGGUACAUCUUUCAGCUCCGACUCGAUUCUCCCCACCCCAAACCCUUUAAUCCUCGUUAUAAGCGGUCCGAGUGGUGUUGGCAAAGAUGCUGUCAUCAAAAGGCUGAGAGAAGUCAGGGAGAAUCUCCAUUUCGUUGUUACUUCCACGAGUAGAACGAUGAGGCCCGGUGAGGUUGAUGGUAAAGAUUACAUUUUUGUGUCAAAGGAAGAGUUUUUAUCAAUGGUUAAAAAAGAUGAACUCUUAGAGUAUGCUAUGGUUUAUGGGGAUUAUAAAGGGAUACCCAAGAAGCAGAUAAGGGAAUUCAUGGGGAAAGGGUGUGAUAUUGUUUUGAGGGUCGAUAUUCAAGGGGCUGAAACAUUGAGGAGGAUCCUUGGGGAUUCUGGGGUGUUUAUAUUUCUGGUGGCUGAGAGUGAAUUAGCACUUGUUGAGAGGCUGAUUGAGAGGAAGACUGAGAGUAAAGAGGAAUUGCUUGUGAGGAUUGCUACUGCUAGAGAAGAGGUCAAGCUUGUUAAUAGGUUUGAUUAUGUUGUUAUUAAUGCUCAAGGGAAGCUUGAGGUGGCUGUGGAUUUGGUGGGGUCUAUUAUUGAUGCUGAGAAGGCUAAGGUUAGGCAAAGGACUCCAUUCAUUUGAGUUUAGCAGUGCGAGUAAAGCCGGUUGAUUUCAUGUGUUCCCCCCCCCAUAUUCUCCACUCGUUGCUCGUCGUAUUUCUGAUUGGGCCCUCACAUCAGCGUUGUUUGUACUUGAGGAAUCGGUGAUAUCAAGCCAGGUUAUUUUUAAGUAGUUAACUUUGUAGUUUUGUUGAUUCUGAACUAUUGAAGUCUAAACCCACAUUUCUCCGACUCGGGUAUAGUUAGAUUUUCCAAGUCUUUACGCAUAUUCGGAGGGUCCUUUGAGGUCACAUUAUGCCGGACUUGAGUAUUAGUAACAUGUAGAGCCAGGGCAACAUAGGUUGAAGCUAAGAGAUUUUGUGAAGUUUAUCAACUCUGAUACUAUAUCUCUUUGCUUUUUGUUUCCA